AUGUCGAACCCGUUAGACACCGACGCCGGCUCCGAGCUGUUCAGCAGCUACGAGACCGAGCUCAAGCUCGUCCAGGCCGACCUCAACCAGAAGCUGGACCAGAUCUCCGAGUCGAGCGGCGGGGAGGAGCGCAAGUCCGCCAUCCGCCAGGCGGAGCGCGCCCUCGACGAGGCCACCGAGCUGCUCGACCAGAUGCGCAUGGAGAAGCAGAACAUCCCGUCAGCCGCGCGGUCGAAAGUCAACGCCCGCUUCCGCAACUACUCCACGGACAUCGACGAGGCCAAACGCAAGCUCAAGUCGCUCUCCGACGACCGCCGUGCGCUAUUCGGAGACCGCUACACCGACGACCCGCAGGAUGCGCACCUCGAACAGCGCCAGCAGCUGCUGUCCGGCACGGACCGGCUGGAGCGCAGCUCCGCCCGGCUCCAGGAGAGCCAGCGCAUUGCUCUCGAAACCGAGGACAUCGGGCGCAACACCCUGGCCGAUCUGUACCAGCAGCGGGAGACGAUUGAGCACGCCCGCUCGGGUCUGCAGCAGAGCGAAGGCUACGUGGAUACGAGUAUUAAGACAUUGCGGGGCAUGGCCCCAAGUUCCAUUGAGCGUUCGGUCGAGCAGGCGUUGAUGGGAGUUUAUGUUGCCUUUCCUAUUCCUUUUUUCUCACGACAUAUUACCGCUGAUUUCGCGAUCGGGGCAGACACCCCUGGAAUGUUGUAUGAUAAGAUUUAUUCCUGCAAGCACGACCUAGACAUGGUCCUCAUAAACCUGUCAUUUCGAACGAAUGCACCAUCUUAA